AUAAAAUUAUUGAUCAUAUUAAUUUUCUAUUUUAUUUUAAUAUUAAGAACUUUAAUUACUUUAUCUUCUCAUUCAUGAAUAAUUAUUUGAAUAAUAUUAGAAAUUAAUUUAAUAAGAUUUAUUCCUAUUAUUAUAUUAUCAAAAAUAAUUAAUAAUCAUACAUUUUUAUUUAAAUAUUUCAUUGUACAAACUAUUAGUUCAUCAAGAUUCUUAAUUACAAUCACUUUAAUAUGAAUUAAUGAUUAUAGAUUAAAUAUUUUUAAUACAAACUUUAUAGAAAUUAUAUUAAGAUUAUCUAUAAUUUUAAAAAUAGGAUUAUAUCCUUUUCACCUAUGAUAUAUCGAAAUUAUAUUAAACUUACCAUGAAUAAUAUUUUUUUUAAUAUCAACUUGACAAAAAAUUAUUCCCUUAACAAUUAUUUCUUUUUUUAAUGAAAAUACAAUUAUUUAUAUAACAAUUAUUAUUUCUUCAAUAAUUAGAUCAAUUCAAGGAAUUUAUCAAAACAACCUUCGCAAAAUUUUUGCAUUCUCAUCAAUUAACCAAACCAGAUGAUUAACCAUUAACUCUAAUAUAUCUAUUUAUCUAAUAAUUAUAUAUAUAUUAAUAUAUAUAAUAAUUUUAUUUUCUAUUAUUAAUAUACUUAAUGUAAAUAAUUUCUAUUAUAUUAAUAAUCUUUAUUUAUUAAAUAAUUAUCAUUAUUUAAUAAAAUUAUUUUUAUUUUUAAAUAUUUUAUCAUUAGCUGGACUACCUCCUUUUAUAGGAUUUAUUACAAAAAUUAUUUCAAUUAAAUUUUUAAUUUUUAAUAAAAUAUAUUUAAUUACCUCCAUUCUAAUUAUCUCUUCAUUAAUAACACUCUUUUUCUAUUUACGAUUAACUUAUACUUCAAUAAUUUUAAUUAAAUCAAAAUUUAACCCUUUAAUAAUAAAAAAAUAUUCAAAAGAUUUUUCUUAUAAAUCAUAUUUUUUUAAUAAAUUAAAUUUUAUAAUAAUUAUAAUCACUAUUUUAAGAUAUUUUUCUUUAAUUAUUAUAACCUUAUUUGAUUUAUACUA